UGGGCCGGAACGGUCGGGGCGGCUGGGCUAGGGCUGCUGGCGCCGAGGAGCCUGCGGUUGCGGAAGAGAGCGGGCGGCCCUGGCCCGCCCCAGCCCCUCUCGGAUGGAGGUCCUGGACGAGUUCGACAGCGAGUUCCCCCAGAGUGUGACCUUCUGCCAGCUCAUCUCCGAGGAGGACUUCGAGAGGCAGGCGGCCACGUACACGGAACGCGCUCUGCGCCGCCUCUUCCGAAGCAUUGACCGCAACCCGGCGUUGGCCGAGAGGGUGGUGCGCCAGGGCAAGCAGGCGGAGUGCGAGCGGCGCGGGCUCCUCUCCUUCCUCUGGGCAAAGUUCUUCUGUGCGGUCCAGGGGGAGCUGAACUAUUGCAACAGCAUGGACACCCUGGAGAUGCACCGGCGCCUGGAGCAACUGAAGAGGCGCAUCCACCGCGUGCACCUCUACGCCCAGGAUGCCAAGAAGAAGAGAAGAAAGCAAAAACUGAAGAAACUAGAACCUAUCCUCUUGCGGGACCAGUCCACCUCCCCAUGCCUGCCACCAGCCCUGCUGCUACCUCCACCGCCUGCCACAACCAUGACCUCUGUGGUGGCCUCAUCAUCCCCUGCCUACACUAUGCCCAGGGUCUUUGGCCCCUUCCCUCCGCUACCCAGCAAGUCGGUGGAUAAAUUGGAAGUUUCAAGGUGUGAUAUGAAGUUAAACUGGACUGACCUGGCAUCAAAUCCAAAGAGCCACAUGGUGGAUCUGACUCCUUUGGUCCUCAACCCUGGAGGCUUCCAUUUCUCAUACCUCGCUGGGAAUAGUGCACACAAGCUCCGUGGCCCUGGCUUUCCCUGGUCCUCAGCCUGUAGGGGCUCCCCCAACAUCGAGGAGGUGCCAUCACCUUCUGUGAAGGCCUCCAUCUUUACUCCACCUGUCCUGCUCAAGUUCCAGCCUGUGCCCAGACCCAAAGAUGACUCAGAGAAUGAUCCUGGCAGCGCAGAGUCCGUGCCCCCCAAGAGGAGCCUGUAACCUCCUCCCUACAGACCAUGGCCGGAGGAAUUAAUAAAGUUCCUGUGGAGGUGCCUUCCUUGUGUUGGGGCUCC